AAUGUGUUGCUGAGAAUAAAAAAGUGUGUGAUGUUUCCAAAGCAACCUCCAUCCCAAAAAGAUCUCUUCUGAGAUAUGUUAAAAAUUUCUUGGCUGUUGGAAUUAAAGAUGAAGCUGAAGCAACUACAAUCAUUGGGGGUCACCAAAAACCUCAUAAGGUUUUCAAAAGCAAACAAGAAAGCAACCUUAGCAAUUACGUCAAAAGGGCUAGUGACAUUAAUCAUGGAAUCACUACCACAGAGUCACAGACAUGAGAAGAUUGGCUUAUCAGUACGCUACCCAAGAAAAAUGUAUUGUCCCUCCCCGUCUGCCUUGCAGUAUCUACCACAGGGAAGUCCAUUCCACCACUCUUUGUCUUUCCACGAGUUCAUUUUAAGGAAUAUUUCCUCAAUGGUGCCCCUCUUGGUUCUGUUGGAUCAGCCAAUAAGUCUGGCUGGAUAUGUCAGACAAAGAUUUCGAUUUGUUCAUCAUCGAGGUAGACCUAUCAACGAUAACAUCGUCCAAGAAGGCCAAACUCCCGUUCCAGAGAACCACAUCACGGCCAAUUGUUCUUAGUUAUUUUAAUGAUCUUGAUGUCGUGGCCAUUUAAAUUUGUGAUUUUUAAAUAACUCAUGUAUCGUUAUCAUUUCCACCAAGAAUAUACCUUUGAAUCUAAA